UGUUUUCCCCUCCACGCCGGUUCAUUCACAUCUCGGCUUCUGUUGGAGCAACACGACACCUCAGACAUGAGCGGACGAGUCGGCGAUUUGAGCCCAAAGCAGGAGGAAAUCCUAGCUGAGUUUCGGAGUAAAAUCCAGGACAUCCUCCCCAACCUGCCUGCACAGCAUGACCACUACCUCCUGCGCUGGCUCCGAGCCCGAAGCUUCAACAUUCACAAAUCUGAAGCCAUGGUCAGGAAGCAUGUGGAGUUCAGGAGGAAGAUGAAUGUAGACAGCAUCAUAUCCGACUGGAAACCUCCAGAGGUGAUAGAGAAGUAUGUUUCUGGAGGGAUGUGUGGGUACGACAAAGAGGGGAGUCCCAUCUGGUACGAUGUGAUUGGUCCUCUGGAUCCUAAAGGUCUGCUGCUGUCGGCCACCAAACAAGACUUCAUGAAGACGAAGAUCAGACACACGGAGAUAAUGCAGAGGGAGUGUCGGAGGCAGGCAGAGAAGUUGGAGAAGAACAUUGAAGCCAUCACUCUGAUCUACGACUGUGAAGGACUGGGACUCAAACACAUCUGGAAACCUGCUAUCGAGGCUUAUGGAGAGAUCCUCACCAUGUUUGAAGAAAACUACCCAGAGGGGCUGAAAAGAGUGUUUCUUAUCAAAGCUCCUCGAAUGUUUCCAAUGGCCUACAACCUGAUCAAACAUUUCCUGUGUGAGGAAACACGGCGUAAGAUCGUCAUAUUAGGAGGUAACUGGCAAGAAGUGUUACGUAAACAUAUCGACCCAGAGCAGCUUCCUGUCGCGUACGGAGGAACCCUGACGGAUCCUGAUGGAGACCCUCACUGCAAAACCAUGAUAAAAUACGGCGGUACAGUACCCAGGUCGUACUACGUUCAGGACUCGAUUAAAGUUCAGUACGACAACAGCGUGACCAUCAGCCGCGGCUCCAUGUUCCAGCUGGAGUAUGAUGUUAAGACGCCCAGCAGCCUUCUGAGGUGGCAGUUUUCCAGCGACGGGGCAGAUAUCGGGUUCGGAGUCUACAGACGGACCAAAGAGGGCGCCGCUCAGAAGGUGGCCGAGAUGCUGCAGGUGCUGCCGAGCGAGCGCUACAACGCUCACCUGGUCCCUGAAGACGGCGGCCUCAGCUGCCCCGAGUCCGGAGUCUACGUGUUGUGUUUCGAUAACAGCUACAGCAUCCUUCACUCCAAGAGGAUCAGCUACAAAGUCGAGGUUGUUCCUCCUCCGGAUGGACAGAUGACUGCAGUGAACAAGACCGGAGACAGACGGCUGCAGUGAUAACAUCCUCUUCUGAUAAACACGGAUAUACAGUACCUUAAUAUUUACAGUCUAUGACAUAUACACAUCUUAGAAUACAGGAAUGUACAUCAAACUAUCUCUCCUUCCAUUCCCUCUUACUUUCUCUACGUUUUGUUAAAAGCUGACCAGAAAGCUUUUACAUGUUUCUACUCAGACACUUCUUCACACUUCUCCCAUCCAUAAUAUUUAAAAAUGACAUUUUUUCUUUUAAUUUUCUGACAUAGAUAAUGUUUUGUUUAACAUUUCAAACCAGAAACCACUUGAACUUGUAUAUUAAUUUAUGUAGAAGGUACAACUUCUUAAGCGUAGUCAUGUUUUUGUAAUUAAUUAUAUAAACUUUUAUAUAUGACUAUACUGCAGCAUAUUGACUGAAUUGAAUUGUUUUGGAAAACCAAAACGGACGACUUGCACACUGAGGACACAAAAUGAGUAAAGUUACUCACUUGGAGGUGAUUGAUCCAGCGGAGAUCAUGUUUUUGAUUUUUGUAUAAUUAUGCUCUUCUUCUUAUUUUGGUCUAUGUUAAAUCAGCUGAAAAAAGAGUACUAUGAUGUGUUACAAUGAAGGUUUUUUUUAAUGAACUAAAGAAAUCCUGAGAGGCAAGAGAUGAAAAUUAUCUUUUGAUUUGUUUUCUAUGUCGGAUCAUUGUUUUCCUGUUUUACGACUGACGAACAGAUGAAAAGUUACGUCCCCCAACAAUCGUUCCACGAGGUCUUUCUUAAAAUUUAAUCAGUUUAAAAUAAUGAAAUAAAAAAACUUGCAGUUCAAAUAGUUUUUACAGAAUAUAAACACAUUUUUUAAUGCUGUUGUAAUACUCGAUUUGGCCACAAGAGGCUGUAAUGCAUCGAUUUGUUUUAUUUCAUUGCUUUAGUGGGCAAGUGCAAAAUCCUGCAGUUCGUUGAGUGUCCACUUGAGGCUGGCUCCAGGAACACAGGAAGUCACAUACACACACCAGGCAAAAAAAGCCAUUUUUACAUCAUAAAUUAACAUGCUUACAGCCUGGUACAAAAAAAAAAAUUGUGUUAAUAUUUGCUUAUACACAAUAGAAAAUAUGAACAUGUGUUUACUGAGUUUGAAGGAAUUAAAACGCACCAAUUUAGCGGCUUGGUGCAUCGCGGCCUCUUGUGGUCAAUGUGAGUAUUACAACAACAACAACAACAACAGCCUCAAAAUUUCUCCUGAAGAGGCAUAAUCUGCAGAAACUGUUACUGUCACCUGUUUCAGAGAUGAACCUCAGGAAAUAUGUUUUUUAACUCUGAAAAAUGUAUAUUUCACCUGGUCAAAACUCAAACAGACACAUGAGAGAAUGUAUGUCAAAGUUAGUGAACGGAUCACUAGACUUUUUGUGUCUCAGAGCUUUAUUUAAAUAGACCAGAAUUUACAAAGUGAUUGUUUAAUUUAUGAAGAACUUUUGUUACGUUUAGUUUGUAUAUUAAUGAGAUUUUCAAUAAAAGCAGAAACUGU